GGCCGCUCGGCGCGCCCCGCCAGGAUGUUCGCCGCCGGGCUGGCUCCCUUCUACGCCUCCAACUUCAGCCUCUGGUCGGCCGCUUAUUGCUCCCCGGCCGGCCCAGGCGGCUGUUCCUUCCCCCUGGACCCCGCGGCGGUCAAGAAACCGUCCUUCUGCAUCGCAGACAUCCUGCACGCCGGUGUGGGGGAGCCGGGGGCGGCCCCGGAGGGCCUGGCGGGGGCCUCGGCCGCCGCCCUCACCGCGCACUUGGGCUCGGCUCACCCGCACGCCUCUUUCCAAGCUGCGGCCAGAUCCCCGCUUCGACCCACCCCGGUGGUGGCGCCCUCCGAAGUCCCGGCUGGCUUCCCGCAGCGGCUGUCUCCGCUCUCAGCCGCCUACCACCACCAUCACCCACAGCAACAACAGCAGCAGCAACAACCACAGCAGCAACAGCCUCCGCCUCCACCCCGGGCCGGCGCUUUGCAGCCCCCGGCCUCCGGGGCGCGGGUGGUCCCGAACCCCCACCAUAGCGGCUCGGCCCCGGCCCCCUCCAGCAAGGACCUCAAAUUUGGAAUUGACCGUAUUUUGUCUGCAGAAUUUGACCCCAAAGUCAAGGAAGGCAACACGCUGAGAGAUCUCACGUCCCUGCUAACCGGCGGGCGGCCCGCGGGGGUCCACCUCCCGGGCCUGCAGCCCUCCACCGGCCAGUUCUUCGCAUCUCUAGAUCCCAUUAACGAGGCUUCUGCCAUCCUGAGUCCCUUAAGCUCAAACCCGAGAAAUUCAGUUCAACAUCAAUUUCAAGACACGUUUCCAGGUCCCUACGCCGUGCUCACGAAGGACACUAUGCCGCAGACGUACAAGAGGAAGCGCUCAUGGUCUCGGGCGGUCUUCUCCAACCUGCAGAGGAAAGGCCUGGAGAAAAGGUUUGAGAUUCAGAAGUACGUGACCAAGCCGGACAGAAAGCAGCUGGCGGCGAUGCUGGGCCUCACCGACGCGCAGGUGAAGGUGUGGUUCCAGAACCGGCGAAUGAAGUGGCGGCACUCCAAGGAGGCGCAGGCCCAGAAGGACAAAGAUAAGGAGGCGGGCGAGAAGCCGUCGGGCGGAGCCCCGGCUGCCGAUGGCGAGCAGGAGGAGCGGAGCCCCAGCCGCUCCGAGGGCGACGCCGAGAGCGAGAGCAGCGACUCCGAGUCUCUGGACAUGGCACCCAGCGACACGGAGAGGACUGAGGGGGCUGAGCGGUCUCUGCACCAAACGACGGUCAUCAAGGCUUCGGCCGCCGGCGCCCUCCUCGCUGCUAGCAGCGCUGGGAGUGGUGGAAACAGCGGCGGCAGCUUCGGCUUCAGCAGCCUCAGCAGCAGCAGCACCAGCGCGGGCAGCGCCAGCAGCCUUGGCAGCGGCGGCGGCGGCGCCCCCGAGCUGCUCCCCGCGCCUCAGCCCACCCUCAGCAGCGCCCCUAAAAGCCCCGAGCCCGCCCAGGCACCGCUCGGCGGCCUAUAGACCGGACGAGGGCGGAGGGGACCCGGGGCCCUGCGUGCAGACUCCCAGCCCUCCAGUGUGGGCUGGAUUUGGUGCCUCCUUUCUGUUGGCGGCGGGGCCAGGGCCGGAGACGCAGCGGCGGAGCCUCCUUCCCUGCGUUCACAUCUCGGCCCUCGCUGCCCCGGGCUGGAGCAGCCCACACUGCACAGAGCCGAGGGGAGUCUCAGUGCCCCCGCCGAAGGCUCCCAGCGCCAGCCGCGCGCUUCUCCCCGGAUACAAGCAGCUCACACUGUGAAGCCUUUGACUGAACAGUUGCUCCCCGCGCUAGCGGUCGUGGCGCAAAGAUGUGUGGCACUUAGGACGCCACAGACUUGUAAAUAAAAUGUUUACUACGGUUUGUAAA